GGAAGUAGUACUGCACCCGUACUCCAUUGUACUUGCUAUCUUUCCUUAUCAUAUAGCUAGAUCCGAAAAUGUCGUUCUUACCCUCUCUUUACUUUCUCUUCAUCUUCUUUUACAUUACUUGUACACCAUUCCUUGUUGCUGGUACCACUGCUGCUCGAACUCCUAUUAGUGAUGGAAUGCUUCCAAAUGGCCACUUUGAGCUAGGUCCAAAACCAUCGAACCUCAAGAAAACAGUGAUAAUAGGGAACUACUCGUUGCCCAAAUGGGUAAUCAAGGGCAUAGUCGAGUACGUCUCAGGUGGGCCACAACCAGGUGGGUUCUACUUUGCAGUUCCUCGUGGGACCCACGCAGCAAGGCUUGGGAAUGAAGCUUCGAUAUCACAAUAUAUUACAGUCGAGGCAGGUUCAACCUACUCCCUCACAUUUUCAGCAACAAGAACUUGUGCUCAAGAUGAGAAGCUCGUUAUAUAUGCUGAUGGGCACUCAGGCGAGCUUCCAAUUCAAACGUUGUAUAGUACAGAUGGAGGUGACACUUAUGCUUAUGCUUUUAAGGCUCUUCGCAGCACUGUCAAGGUUACAUUUCACAAUCCAGGGAUUCAAGAGGACCCCACUUGUGGGCCACUCUUAGACGCCAUCGCAAUAAAAAAGAUGACUCCUCUCAAGUAUUCCGCAGGUAAUUUAGUGAAAAAUGGUGAUUUUGAAAUUGGUCCAUAUGUCUUCAAGAACUUCUCAACAGGAGUCCUCCUCCUUCCCAAAAUACAUGACAUAGUAUCCCCACUCCCUGGGUGGAUCAUUGAAUCGCUAAAACCAGUUAAAUACAUAGAUUCAAAGCACUUCAAAGUACCCUCAGGGCUAUCUGGCAUUGAGUUGGUUGGAGGCCGAGAAACAGCCAUUGCACAGAUUAUACGAACAGUUCCUAACAAAUUCUACAGGUUAACAUUCACUAUUGGUGAUGCACAUAAUGGUUGCCAUGGUUCUAUGAUGGUCGAGGCUUUUGCUGCUCGGGAAACCCUAAAACUAAAAUAUGAGUCUCAAGGAAAGGGUGGGUUCAAAACUGGAGUUCUUAAAUUUAAAGCAAUUUCGAAUAGAACUAGACUCACAUUUUAUAGUGCUUUUUAUCACACAAAGCUUCAUGAUUAUGGCCAUUUCUGUGGGCCUGUGUUGGAUGAUGUUCGAGUUUGGUUUUACUAGGUACGAGGUCUAUUUCUCCUCAAAGUAAGAACAUACAAGAACAAAAACAAAUACUAUCAAGACGCGAGAAUGAUCGAUAAUGGCAUGAUUCAUAUAUAUGUAUGUACUGCAUGUCUCUAUGUUUGAGUUUAGCAACUAUUUGAAGAUAAUAUGUUACCU